GCCCUAUCUUCCCCUCAUCUUGCAGCACAGGCAGUCAGUGCCUGGUAGCGAUUUAGACGAGGGCGUAUGGACUUGAGGCAGCAGUGAAUGCAUUUCCCACAGACUGUGGUCGUACUUUUCUCAUCUCGUACGGAUUACCACUGAGUUCACACAUCGCCUAAACGCCGUAUCGCAUUUUCCCGCUGCAAUUCUCCAUCUGAAGGCCUGUCACAGAGUAAAGUGGCUCGGUGUGCGUGUGUUUAGACAGCGGAGCGAGAGCAGCAGUGUGUCCCCGAUGGCUGGCUGGAAGGACGGCUCAGUGCAGGAGAAAUAUCGUCUGGUGGUCGUUGGAGGUGGUGGCGUCGGAAAAUCAGCAUUAACUAUCCAGUUUAUCCAGUCAUACUUCGUCACUGACUAUGACCCCACGAUUGAAGACUCCUACACAAAGCAGUGCGUGAUUGACGAGAGGCCUGCGCGGCUGGACAUCCUGGAUACAGCAGGACAGGAAGAGUUUGGAGCCAUGAGAGAACAAUACAUGAGGACAGGGGAGGGCUUCCUUCUCGUCUUCUCUGUCACUGACCGGGGAAGCUUUGAAGAGAUCUACAAGUUUCAACGACAGAUCUUGAGAGUGAAGGACAGGGAUGAAUUUCCUAUGAUUCUAGUGGGUAACAAAGCUGAUCUUGAGCAACAGAGACAAGUGACCCAGGAAGAGGGCCAGCAGCUUGCCCGACAACUCAAAGUCACAUACAUGGAGGCCUCAGCUAAGAUCCGUAUGAAUGUAGACCAGGCUUUCCACGAGCUGGUCCGAGUCAUAAGGAAGUUCCAGGAGCAAGAGUGCCCACCCUCGCCGGAGCCCACGCGCAAAGAGAAGGAUAAGAGCGGCUGCCAUUGUGUGAUUGUCUAAUUGGCCUCUCACUGCCGCCACUCACCCAGCUGCUGUCACCAGUCCCUGCCCCCCACCCUGCCUUCUGACAUCACGUCCUGUGCGGAUGAACUCGCUGCCUUUCUACAUGUGCAUGUCUUCAAAACAGCAGUGUCUCUCAUAGCCUUAUCAGGGGCAUUUGUGCCUCUAGGACUUCACUACUAGAAGAACCAAACUGACAAAAUCUUGACUGAACUCACCAUUCUACCUUCAACUAGAGUACUGACAUCAGUGUGACCUAGAAUAUGGUAAUUGUGCCCCCAACACUAAACAUCGCUUCUUACAAAUUUGCUAUAAAACACACACAAUUCCUUUUUUGUAUUUUGAAGGAUUUUUUUCUCUUGCCUUGUGACAUUUGUACUUUUGCUGAGAUCGAAAGACUAAACGAAACACCAUUGGGAUUGCAGACAAUGUUUAGUCACUGAUCUAGAGUGAGAUGAUGUUCUGAAGCUUUGUGUGUGUGUCGUGCCAUAUCUGUUUUUACUUCCAUAUGCUAAGCAGCGAUUGUACAUAAGUGAAGAUUUGUGAGUUAAGGCCACCUUUAUGAUGACAAAACUCUGUCACAGAGUACCCUGUGUGAGGUUGAGCAGCUUGUUUUGACAUGAAUUAAAACAUUAAUGUACUCGCAGAUAUGUACAUAGCCUUUAACAUGCCAAUUUUGUCAGCAGUGAAGUCAGAUUCCCAACUUCUUGUUUGGUCAAGAUGCCUUUUUUUUUUUUUUGUCUUUUUUUGUUUGCAUUGUAAGACUUCUUGGCAUGUAUGGAUUUGAAUCUUUUGAAGGGAUAAUUCACCUAAAAAUGAAAAUUCAUUUACUCACCCUCAUGUGUUCCAAAGCUGUUACAAACCAACCCCCCGUUUCACAGACAAGGCUUCAGCCGAGUCCCAGACUAAAAUGCAUGUUUGAGCUGUUUGAACUGAAAUCAACUUGCACUGACAUAUCUUAAAAUAUGUCACUGCCAUUGUUUUGUCUCAAGAUGCACACCAGUAAUGAUUUUUUUUCCUAAGGCACGUUUAUAAAAGCUACUUAAAUGUCUUAAUUGAACUAAGGUCAAAUCCUGGCUUAAUCUAAGCCCUGUCUGUGAAACCAGGCACAACUUUUUGUCUUUAGAACACAAUCAUUUUUUGUCCAUACAAUGAAUAGAGAUCUGAUAUAUAUAUAUAUAUAUUAAUUAUAUGUAUAUAUAUAUAAUAUGAAUUUCCAUAUUUUCUGACCUGAAAAGUAUAACCCACUUGAAUUGUGUGAAACUUUGCGGUUUUCUGCCAAAAUAAAAGAUCUACUGUUUAAUGCCUAAAAGCAAAGAAAUUAAGACAGCCAUAAAUAUUAGAAGUGUGUUUUUUUUCUUCCUGUUAUUAAAAUAAAAUUAUUAUUAUUAUUGUUAUUAUUGGUUACACUUUAUUUUACAGUGCCGUAGUUACAUUGUAAUUACUCAAAUAAGUACUGAAUACUAUUAAUUAACUACAUGUACUUACUACAGAGUUACAGUUAGGGUUUGGGUUUGGUUUAGGGCGUUACUUGUAAUUUACUGUUAUUACUAUAGUAAGUACAUGUCGUAACGUGUAACUACGGCACUGUAAAAUAAAGUGUUACUGUAAAAUAAAAAUAUAUAUUUAAUAUUAAGGUAUUUUACAAUACAGUAAUAUAUUUAUUAAUUUAAUUUUUAUAAUGAAAUAAAUAAAUAUUCGGAAUAAUAAUAAUAAUAAUAUAUUUCCUUCUUUUUUUGUCCUUCGCUGAUUACAUGCUGGAAUAAAAGUCAAUGAUGUUUUAUUUUCAUUAUUUGGACAAAAACAGUUGUUAUGAUUUUUAUUAUUUGGACAAAAACAAUCUCCGUUUGUGUUUUGCAGAAGAAAACAAGCUAUACAGAUUUGGAACGACAUGGGAAUUUUCAUCUUUGGUUGAACUAUCUAUAUUGUGAAAUGUAUUCUUCAUGUAGCCAGAUUGUUGAAGCCUUGACUCUCAGCUCAGAUUUCUACAGACUAUCUUCAGACUCAGGUUGCUCCAUUUACGGUGUUUUCCCCAAUGUGCUGACGAUGUCCGCUCACUCGGUGCACAAUAGGUCGUCUAUUCUCUACUAGGUACCCCACCAAGUUCGAUGACACAGAGAAGUAGUCUCUGAAAUAAUUGUGUCUUUUUCUGGCCUUGCAUUUCAAUUCACUUUUAAACUGAUUUUGUCUUUCUUUUUUAUCAGUUUGGAAACAUUUAAGUGACUGAAACAGUGUGAAGACUCAGUUUCAAGGGGACAGCUGAACUGCAGACAUCACAGGCAUCUUUAAAUGUAUAUGAUCAGAGAAAAUCAAUUUUUUUAUAUCAUACAGCAGACAUCCACAUUCCCUCAAGACUAUUUUUUUAAAUAUGGUUUGGCGUCUCUGUGACAUUCACAUUUAAAUCUGGUAUUUCUCAUCUGACAGGUGAUAAUUUGCUUGCUGGCUUCAUACUCCAAGGGUUCAUAUCACUAUUGCAUCAUGUCAAGUUUUAUUUUCGUCUUCCUUUUUUCCAGCGUGCAUUUCUGUAUGAGGGAUACAAACUGUUUUAGUUUUUGUGUUUUAUCAUCAUGUAAUAUAAGAAAAAAGAUGGAAGUGAUCUUCUGAAUGGACAUGAUUAAAUGUUUUUACUAUAUACUUUUAUACAUUAUUUUCUUAUCAGACUAGUUAAUGAGUAUUUUUAUAUGUUUGUAAGUGAAAACGCUCUCGUGGCACAAAUGUGUAUAUGUAAAGAGGAGUAUUUAAUUAUCUUGUUUUUGUUUUUAACUGCAAAAAGGCCAAUGUAUGUUGAACUGUGGUCCUUUCCUGCUUUCGGUGGACUGAAGCAGAUAACCCACCCAAAUAGUUGUCCACCUCAUAGCCUAAAACGCAGUGCAACUUCAUUAGUGAUCACUGGGCCAAUGCUUCAAGGCGAUGCCCUUUUGUGAUGACUCAGGUUCAUAUCCUUCCCAAAACCUUGUCCAUUAUACCAGUUAUCAGCAAAAUGGAUGAACACGAAAGCUAGUAAGAACAGAAGUGCAUGACUCUUCCUCUUCCCAGAGUCUGUGUACACCUAACCCAUACUGUGUUUUAUUUGUCACAUCUUUCCCUCCCCCCUGUAUAGCCUCUGGUGCUAUAAUAAAAUCUAUGAUUUAUCUGUGA